AUGUCUCAACAAAUGCAAUCUCAGAUGGUGGGUGGUAACAUUCUGGACCAGCAUAAUGACACUACAUUUACCAAAAUCUUUGUGGGAGGGUUAGCUUGGGAGACCAAGAGGGACACAAUGGGGAGGUAUUUUGAGCAAUUUGGAGAGAUCCUGGAGGCUGUUGUUAUCACAGAUAAGAACACAGGGAGAUCCAAGGGUUAUGGCUUUGUCACAUUUAAGGAUCCAGAAGCAGCCAUGAGAGCUUGUCAGAACCCAUCUCCAAUUAUUGAUGGGAGGAGGGCAAACUGCAAUCUUGCAUCUCUUGGUGCAAACAAGAAUCGACCACCAACUCUUCAGCAUGGUGCAGGAAGGUUGAGGCCUCCACCUGGACUGGUGGAAUCACCUGCUUAUCAUAGUUCUACAUCUACAUUUUUCCAUCAACCCACUAGGCAAUACACAUUUCCUUAUUCAACUUACGGAUAUUCUGGAUAUUCACAAGACACCUUGUAUCCUACGAGCUAUUAUAGUGUAUAUGGAGUUCAACAAUUUUCACCUUACCUCCCAUCUGUGGGAGCAUCUGGGGCAGUAGGGUUGAUCAAUAAUAUCUACCCUUUCUAUGGUCAAUAUGCACAGAGUAUCCAAACUCAUGGUUUUGGAGUUCAAUACCCUCAAAUGGCACAAUUUUCAUUUAUGCCUCAGCAUUAUGGCUCCGCUGGGAUAUUGUCAUUUCCUUCUUCACUGGCAGUGCCAACUACUAGUGCAGCAACUGCAACUGCAACUUCAACCCCAACUACAAUAAUAUCAGCAAGUGUGGCAGCAACUGGGGUUGUUGGUAGUUCAAAAACCUCUGGAACAGAUUCUAAACAAAAGUCUACAUCUUGA